UCAAAUACUCCAAAGCUUAGCGAUUGUCAACUUUUUAAAUUGUCAUUCGUAAAUAUAGUGUCAUUUAUAACGAUUAUCAAAUUUAAUAAAAGUAGUGAAAGUGUAUUAGUUCACAAAGUAAAAGUGCAUUUAUUAAAAAUAAUAUGCUAUAAUGAAAAUACAGAGUGAUUAAAUUUUUGAGAAGUAUAUAUGCAUUAAAAAUUUUAAUAAACAAACUAUUAAACAAGCUUUACAAAUAUGUUGGGAAAAGAGGCUGUGAAACUCAUAGCAGAGCUGGAUACACAUGAAGAUAUCCGACCAUUUAAUGACCAAGUAAUGCGGCAAGUUUUUGAAGAAAUGCAAAUACUUUAUGAAGCCAAUCUAGUUGACAGCACAGCUAUACAGAAUGAAGGAAAUAACGCUUUGUUACCGUCCGUCCAUUUUCGUCAUACAGCGCUGCUCAGGAAUAAAAGGUGUGUCUUGGCUUAUUUGUAUCACCGGAUCAAACGAUUACGGCAGCUGCGCUGGGAAUUAGGCAGCAUUCUACCAACUGAGAUAACCUCCAACUUGUUGAAUGCAGAGGUACAAUGGUUUCAAAGUUACAAUAAAUCUUUAGCUACUUACAUGAGGUCAAUUGGAGAUGACAAUGGAUUAAAUUUAACUAUGAACAUGAGUCCUCCAAAGACGCUUUACGUUGAGGUAAAGUGUUUAACAGAUUUUGGCAAGCUAGAACUUGAUGACGGCGAAGUUAUUACACUUAAAAAAAAUACAUAUCAUCUGCUACCAAGAGUCACAUGUGAGCCACUUAUCAGGCAAGGCAUACUCGAACAUCAUAACACAUAAUAACUGCUGCGUUAUGAUAAACGUAUGAGAAACAUUCCCAUUAAUUUUGUCGUAUAUUUUAAUAUCAUGUCUAUUUUUACUCCAACAUUACCAUCUCUGAUAUAUGCAUCUCAACAAUAAAGAUUUAUCCUAUCAGUCGCGUA